CAGACGCCUUGUGUUGAGAACCUCACGCAACAAAGAAUCUAUAAAUCCGCUCAAUAGCAUCGCAGUUAGUUUCAAUUGUAAAAGACGCAAUCUGACAUCUGUUUUCUCCGUUCAACUCAAUCAUCUCGCUCAUUGUGACGUCCUCGUCCAUCCUUUCAGUACUCGCCGUGCUACCCAGCUUUGGUCCUAACAGGGCACGCAUCCAACCGAGCAAACCGUCAUGUCUAAGAAUGUCUUGAUAUUUGGUGCGACUGGACAGCAAGGCGGGUCGACCGUCAUGGCCCUGCUGGAGUCGCCGCAAGCCGAUAGCUUCACCAUUCUCGGGGUCACGAGGAACGCAUCGUCCGCCUCAGCAAAGAAGCUUGAGGCACGCGGCGUGAAGAUAGUGCAGGGCGACAUGAACGAUGUUCCUGCAAUCUUUGCGGAAGCAGAAAAGGUGGCGGGAGGCAAGAUUUGGGGGGUGUUUGCCGUGCAACUCCCACCGGUAGGCAGCAAAAAUGCAACUGCCAUCGAAGAGGCGCAUGGCAAGGCCGUCGUCGACGGAGCGUUAGCUCAUGGUGUGAAACACUUUGUCUACACAAGCGUCGAGCGUGGAGGCGACGACAAGUCUUACGACAAUCCCACCAACGUUCCACACUUCAUCAGCAAGCACAACAUAGAACAUCAUCUAGUAGACAAGGCAGGUGACAAGAUGGGCUGGACCAUCCUACGGCCCGUCGCGUUCAUGAACAACCUGCAGCCUGGCUGGGCUGGAAAGAUCUUCCCCACUGCCUGGAAGAUUGGUCUCACCCGUCCGCUACAACUGAUCGCUGGCUCGGACAUUGGGCAUUUCGGCGCGCAGGCUCUGAUUGAUCCCGAAAAGUACAAUCAUCGGGGCAUCGGCCUUGCUGGCGAUGAACUCACCUUUGAGGAGGGAGACCGCAUCUUCAAGGAACAGUUCGGCUACAGCAUGCCCUUGACGUUCGAAUUCUUGAUACGGCUGCUCUUCUGGUUCGUGCCCGACGUUGGACUCAUGUUCAAGUGGUUCGAGAGCGACGGAUACGCAGUCGACAUAGGGAAGCUGCGAGCAGAGCACCCGGGCCUGAAGACGUGGAGGGAGUUUCUCCAGGAGCAGAGUGGAUUCGAGGUGAAGAAGAGAGCGUAGACGGCCAAGACGGGAAUGGGACAACAUGUAUGAAUGAGCCGGGCGUUUCGGAUGGCAAAAUAUCACCACCGCCGUUGAUCCUCCGUCGAAAAUGUAUCAUAGAUCUAAUUUCUCUUUUAACUGCUGCUCGUCCACGUAGGCUGGCGUCGCGAUCGACGUGCUGCCCAGCUCGUUGUGUCUCUUGCGUCGACAGCGUUCCCAGUCGCUCAUAUUCACCGACGAGUCCAAUGUUGCACAGCAAGAGAAUGCGACGAUGGCUCCAACACAUAACUCGAAUCCGGCCCUCUCUUCCGAAUGCCAGCGCGAGACAUUGCUUCUUUUCUUUUUCCCCUUGGCCAGGUCCGCAAAUUCGUUCAUUCUCGACUGCGCAAGUUGAGCCCCACUAGGCCUCUUAUGGCUCUCACAUCGAAUUUCACCCGCGCAGCCAACGAACCAA